AUGUGGAGACAGCAAGAAAUGCAUUACAUGUGGAAUUCGGAACACGCAUACGAUGGAGGCGCAUUCUACCGCCAAAUGUCCAAGUUCACUGAGCGGUGUAACCCGGAGCGCAAAGAAGACACCUGGGGCCAUUACCAUCCCGCUACCCAAGAACGAGACGAGAAUGGAUGCCGACUGUUCGAAAUGACCAAGAAACUGCCAAAUUACGGUGUUGGCCGACUCGUGUACAACGCAUACGAGCGCACCAACAACUCGCUUAAUUACGAGCGCCUAAACGGAACACUUACUCAAUCUGAUGGGUCAACAGCGCCGCGAAUUCCCGACACUAUGUGGCUAAUCACUCGAGCUUGGUACGACUGGAAUACGCCCAACACUGACCAAGUGACGAAACAGAGCCAUCUUGGUAAUUUUGGCUACGCAUAUGGAAUAGUCUUUCACUACGGUGAGACCGAUGGCCUCGAACGAGAAUUCGUCGAUCAUAAUUUAUCCGGCUGGCGUAUAGUCCCCCGCGAGUUCGAGGAAAAAUACUUGGAAGCCGACUUCGAAGUUCAUGUUCCACAAGAUUCUAGUGACGUUGAUGUUCCUCCUGUUAUUAAAGAGCGAUUAUUAUUUGAGGAAGCUGUUAAAACGGGCGUGCCUGAAAAUCGUCUUUCCGUAGACAAAUUAAAACUGCACAAAAACUAG